GCAAAUCAUGACUGGAAGGUUGUUUCCCACUGCUUUGUUUUCCUUUUUGUUCCGUUAGGAGCCUCCCCUCAGCUAAGAGAGCAGGAAGUGCUGUUGCUGCUGCGGGUCUGGGGUUGCGUUGCCGACAGGAUGACAGUGGCAAUUUUUGCAAACUGUGUGUUUUAUCUGAGAGUGAAAAAAUUACAAUGUCUGGAAAAGAAGAAACUGAAGAGCUGCAUUAAAGAAAAUGGCGGACAGAUUACAUUUGUGUUAAAUCAAGAGUGCACUCAUGUUGUUACUGAUGAUGCUGAUGGUCUCUUCUCAACCCAUCUGAAAGCUGUCCAGAAGUAUCAGCUGCCAAUUGUAGGUGCUGAUUUCAUAUGGAACUCAGUCAGAGAAGGAAAACUUUUGCAGACUAAAAGAUAUGAACAAACAAAGUCAUUGACUUGCCUCACUGGUGCGGAAGAGAGCUUUGUUUGUGGAUAUGACCAUGAUGUUCAGGAGGAACAAGAUGCUACGAAGAAGAAGGAGUCCAGUGACAAGAGGGAGUUCAAUGAGAACAGCAGCAUGGAUGGACUAAGAUGGUUUACAGAUAAUUCUGAACAUAUUCCUUAUUUUCCUGACAACUUUGAAGUUGCAAAGUAUGACAUCCUGGAGAAGAUUAUGGCACAAGUUGAGUAUGUUGUUGUUGAGCUCCAGUGCUUUCAACAGCAAUGUGAUUACCCCUUCCGCAUAUGUGCACAUUAUAGCGUGAUCAGUGGGCGCCAGGACCAGAAGCGAUUUAUACCAGCAAAGACAUCUGAAGAAGCUCGAAGAAGCUACAUGCUUUGCAUAGAAGAACUGGAGGAGGAGGAUUUUCAGUUAAGGAAAGACUUUCCACCAGAAGCAGAAUAUUUUGCAUCAGCAAAAUUGCAAGAGAUAUUGACGGCUGAAGCCAUCAAUUCCCAAACUUUGUCUGAAGAAGUUGCUAAAUUUGUGGAACUGAUCUGGGCCGAAGCACUUGGACUCUUGAAUGAUUUGUUAGCUAAACCAGUAAUGAGCAUAAGCCUCAAUGAUGUUAGUAGAGCAGAAGGCGUUCUUUUUCGGUUAAAAAAAGCACUGGAUAAUAUGGAAAAGGCAAACAACAUACCUGUAAUUAUGUCAGAGUUCUAUGAAAUUAUACCCCACAAAAGGGGCCUGGAUUACAAAGUUACCAAGAAGCUUUUGUCUAACAAGCAAGAUCUCUGUCAGUUGAUCAGGGACAUGUUGAAUGUUAGUGAAACAAGCAUGUCAGCUCCUAAGCCAUCGUCCUCUUCCAAGUAUCGGGCUUUGAGAUGCAGGAUAGAUGCUCUUGAUUCAAAUUCGGAAGAAUUUUGCAAAGUUAAACAGCUAAUAAACCAAAAUACCAGUGAAUCUCCAGUACAAGUUUUGCAGAUAUAUAAAGCUGGAAGAAAAACAGAAGCAGUAGGCUUUGACAGCCACCUUGGCAACAUUCAGUCCUUAAUUCAUGCUUCAUCACCUUGCAACUUUGUUGGAAUUCUUUCUCGAGGACUCCUUUUGCCAAAGAUCGCAGCUGAAGUACAUGGCUUGGAAAGAACUGAUCAGGGGAACUUGGGAAGUGGUAUUUAUUUCAGCAAUUCCAUAAGUACAAGCUUGAAGUACUCUCAGCCCAGUCAAAGAGAUGGAACUCGGCUGCUGGUGAUUUGUGAUGUAGCACUUGGAACUUGUUGGGAUACAUAUGAAACAGACUAUUCAUUAACUGCACCACCACCAGGCUAUGACAGUGUGCAUGGAGUCUGUAAGAAAGAUGGCAGAUAUUCAGCUUUUGAGGGUGAUGAAUUUGUGGUAUACAAAACAAGCCAGGUUAAAAUCAAAUAUGUGGUUAGGUUUUGCCUUGCAAAUGAUGAAAGAAAAGAGUUCAAUCCUAUAAUUUGGACUGAAUCUGAAGAUUCUGUGCCUUCCCUCAACCAUGAGUUGCAUCCUGAAGACUAUAAAAUGCCAAGCCAGGAUCUGCUGAAUAAUAUAACCGCUGGUCUUCUGGACGAAUCUGGAAAUCCAAUUCCUCUUAAAGAUAUUCAUAUUAAGGGAAGAAUAAUAGACUUUGUAGCAGAGGUUGUCGUAUUUCAGACGUAUGAAAAUCAAAUCAACAACCCCAUUGAAGCCAAAUAUGUCUUUCCUUUGGAUGACUCAGCUGCUGUAUGUGGAUUUGAGGUUUUCAUUAAAGGGAAACAUAUAAUAGGAGAGGUUAAAGAAAAAGAAGAGGCGCACCGACAGUACAGAAAAGCCAUCAUUCAAGGAGAUGGAGCUUAUCUGAUGGAUCAGGAUGCACCUGACAUCUUUACAGUUUCUGUUGGGAACUUGCCACCUUUAACCAAGGUGCUCAUCAAAAUCAUUUAUGUCACGGAACUCAGUUUCGAGAACGGAUGCCUUUCGUUUCACCUGCCAGCUGCUGUGGCUCCUUGGCAACAAAACAAAGCAUUGAAUGAAAACACACAGGAUUCAGUAUGGAAAGUUCCAGUCAAGCAAGUAGGACUAAAGCCUGGUGCAUUCUCUUUGGAAAUGUCCAUUGAAAUGCCCUUCAAAAUUAACUGCAUCAGAAGCUGGACACAUCAGCUUCAAACAAAGAAAACUGAUUGUAAAGCUGUGGUCCGUACUAUUGAGGGUAGUUCCUUAGACAUCAGUGGCUUUGCUUUAGAAAUCCUGAUUGGUGAUGUACAUUUACCCAGAAUGUGGGUAGAAAAACAUCCGGACAAAAAUACUGAGGCAUGCAUGCUUGUAUUUCAGCCAGAAUUUGAAGCAUCAGUUGGCUCUUGUACCAUCUACGGGGAAAUUAUUAUCUGCCUUGAUUGCUCUAAUUCCAUGGCAGGAUCAGAAAUCCAACAAGCCAAGCAGAUUGCCUUAGGAGCUCUAGAUUCAUGUCGCUUUGCAACAAAACUCAGUGUCAUCAAAUUUGGCACAAAUUUUGUAGAAUUUCCUUUCUGUUCUGAAGAUUCCACAGUGGAUUACGCAGCUCUACAAGAGUUUAUCAAAUCUGCUACAGCAACAAUGGGAAACUCAGAUUUAUGGAAGACUUUGCAGUACCUGAGUUUGCUCUACCCUUCUGAAGGCAAGCGCAACAUUCUUCUUAUAUCUGAUGGGCACAUUCAGAAUGAAGGCACCACCCUGCAGAUCGUGAAGGAGAAUGCAAAACACACUAGAAUAUUCACAUGUGGAGUUGGCUCCACAGUGAAUCGCCACAUGCUGAGAACUUUAUCCCAGUGUGGAGCAGGAGCCUUUGAAUAUUUUGAUGCAAAAUCAAAGUACAACUGGGAAAGAAAGGUAAAGUGUCAAGCAGAUAGGAUGUCUUCCCCAGGAUGCAGCGCAGUUUCCAUUAAGUGGCAAAAGUUUGAUGCAGACAGACCAACACUGAUGUAUGCUCCUGCUCACAUACAGUCUCUAUUUCAUCAUGAGCAUCUUCUUGUCUAUGGAUUUAUCUCCCAUUGCACACAGGCCACUUUAAAUGCACUAGUAGAUAAGCAAGAACUACAGGCAGUGGUCUCUACAACUGAAUUGCAGAAGACAACAGGAACUAUAUUGCACAAACUUGCAGCAAGAGCCUUCAUUAGAGAUUAUGAACAAGGGCUUCUUCACGAAAAUGAAAUGGAACAUGAGAUGAAGAAACAGGAGCUGAAAUCCUUGAUCAUUGACCUCAGCUUAAAGAACUCUAUUGUGACCCAGUUUACAAGUUUUGUGGCAAUUGAAAAAAGGGAUACAAAGGAUGACCAGACUGCUGAUACGUUGAAUGUUUUGGAACUGGUAGCCAAUGAGGAUGUAGACAUCUUACCCUAUAUUCAAUAUACACAACCGACACCAAGUGAAAAUGUUCCUGAGGAUUCCUUUGUUAGCACCAAAUUUGAACAUGCCUCCAUUGGCUUUGACGCCAAGAUGUUUACCAUGCCUCAGAGCUUUGAAAAGUCCUCUGAGGUGGCUACAGUUUUGAGCCGCUUUGGGAGACAGGCUAUCCCUGAGGAGUCCUCUGCUAGCAUCAAAUUUAAACCUGCCCCCUUUGGCUUUGGCACUGCAGCUCCUGUCAUCAGUCAGAGUGCCCCUCCUCCACCACCUCCUGCUGGUUCUCUUUUUGCAAGAAAGAGCAAAUUUGUUGCACCAGUGUUUGGCCAGACAUUUUCAUCAUCAACAACUGGCUUGUUUGGUCUUCAGACCAGUUCAGAUGUUCAGUCCAAUCUGAGUCUAAGACAAGGCAUGUUUUUACUCCACAGAUCCCUGAGGAUUCCUCUGCUAGCAUCAAGUUUAAACCUGCCUCCUUUGGCUUUGGCGCUGCAGCUCCUGUCGUCAGUCAGAAUGCCCUUCCUCCGCCACCUCCUGCUGGUUCUCCUUUUGCAAAAGAGCAAAUUUGUUGCACCAGUGUUUGACCAGACAUUUUCAUCAUCAACAACUGGAUUGUUCAGUCUUCAGUCCAGUUCAGAUGUUCAGUUACCUUGGGAUGCCGUAAGCGAUGAUGAGUCUGAAGUUGGUUCCUCUGGCUCAUAUUGGCCAGGAGGCAAGAACAGUGCUCAAGGUGCAGAGUUGUUCCGUUCCCCUUCUCUUUUUCCCCACUGCACCACAGUUCUUCAUCAGAAACAUUUGAAACCAUCAGCUGGCCUGUUUGAUGCCAAGCAGUCUGAUUUACAGACAAUGCUCCAAACCUUUACUUUGGGGUCACCCAGAACACCUGAAAUGGCUUUAGAGGGAUGGCAGAACCACACAGACCCACUUCCAUCUACAGUUCUCGCACCAGAUGAAGAACAAGUUAUUCCUGAGCAUCCUCCUGCAGCUGUGGAAGAAGAGGGGUCCUCAGUGCAGCUCACUGAAAAAUUUCUAGCAUGUCAUUUAAAGCAGAAGACAGUGGAAGAUGAAGAAAUAGUAAAUGAAAUUUCAGAGGAUAUUUGUGGGAGCUUUAAGAAGCAGCUUAAGAAAAAAAAACUACUGUCGCUGAGUACAGUAACAGUCAGUGCACAGAAGCCACCACAGACUAUAUCUUGGCGUCAACUCUUUAAUCUUCAGAAUCAGGACGGAUUUUGGGAGUUAACCCCUGAGCUUGGAAGCCUUUUGGACUUUGACAUUGAUCAUUUAGUUAACGUCACACUGGCAAAAAAGGGAAUUCGGUCACUUGGACCAAAGGGAAAGGAGAAGCUCUUGCGGUUGAUAGCCACACUCCUGGUGCUGCAAGUUGUACGUUUCAAGAAAUUGGAAGGCCUAGUCUUCAAAUAUUUAACAAAACUGAAUGAUUCUCCACGUUCAUGGGUAUAUUAUCCAGUAAACAAAGCAGCUGAAUGGGCAAGGAAAACUGACCGAGAAUUUCCAGCUAUUUGCCAACGUCUUGAACUUGGGAAAGACUGGGAUUCUGCCACGAAGAAGUUGCUUGGUAUUGAGUAACUGGACAAAAACUAGGAAAAUGACACACUCAUAUAUUUUCAUAUAUAUAAAGCAAUAUCUUUUUCUUAUCUGUUAUCAUAUGGCAUUGUGAAGAUUGUAAUGCCUUUAUUCUUUAGUUUGUUUUUAUUUGUUAGCUGUCCAGAGUACUAUUUUUUAAUGGAGGCAUGAGAUUAGAGUGUAUAAAAUCAAUAUUCCACAUAGCUGCCAAAAAAGUACGAGUGUAUGAAUCAUCCAGAAACACAGGCCUAAAUCCAAUUUUUACUCCCAACUAGAUUAGACCUGUUGAAUUAAUUAUAUAUGUAAGUCAAUAGUUUUGUAAAUGCCAUUGUUUCAAAUUAAGAUGAAUAAUUUGGACUUAAUCUCUCAGUCUAAUCUGUAGUAUUUCUCUCCACAUUUAAGUAUAAUUUCAUCACGCUUGCACAAAUAUUCCUGUCAAAUACCAGAAGAAUAACAAUGAUUUUGAUUUCUGUUUCAUAAGCAUGUAAUGAAACAGUUUUCCUUCUUUCUGUGUGCACAUGGACUAUAUUACAUUUAAAAAUGCAAAAAAAGUUUCAAUAAAGUAGAUUCAAAAAAAAUGUCUCAGGAAAUUUUUGCUUUUUUUAGUAAUGCUUUACAUGGCUAGCCAUAUUUUGUAAAGUUGUUGAUAUGCAGGACGAUACCAAAAGAAAAGGGAGGUAUGGAACUGAAUUAAUUCAACUAAAAAGAAACUUCGUACAAUCAGUAAUACAGCCUAUAGUAACUUAUAUAUUUUAUGUCAAAUUCUAAAGAGAAGUGAAAAAGCUAACAAAGCUAUAGUGAAAUCCAUUUUGCUCGUUUCAUGGUUUGUCGCUAUUUCAAGAAUCUAACCUUCUAGUGUAUUGAAUCUCUGGAACUUAAAAAUUUCAGCAAAACCUUAUUUAUACACAUUAAUACAUUACUCCAGCACUCAGCCAUUUAAU